AUGUUUUUCUUCUUUUUUUUUUUAGAAGUACUCAGCCAUAAGGUAAAAGUACUCUGCCCGAAAGUAACUAUGGCGCCGUACACGUCUACUUACAGGAUAGCGACAAUUGCCGUCCGGCGGUGCUCCACUGUGAAAAGUCUCCUGGUGAUCUCCGCCUUCUCGCUGUUUGUUCUUUUCCUCAGCAACUUCCGCAUUGGAGACAUACUGCUCAGGCGAAGUCUGGCGGCUAAAUCUCUGUUCUUUAAAGGAGAGUCUUUGAAAGCCGGCAACUACCCGGAGCAGAAAUGUUUCCUGCCCAAGCUUGAAGUCGACGACCCCGUCAUGAAGAAGUUUUUCCGCCGUCCGAGACCAGGCCGGUGUCCGAUCGACCCGGACUGGGUUUACGUUGAGAACGGGACGCUGAAGUUCUCGAAGGACGCCAUCAAGAGAAACGGCGCAUUCUCGUGUGAUCUCCUCCAGAUGAGACGCGGAGCCAACGACGACACGAUCGUCUGGACGGGU